GACAUUAACUAAAACUUAAACAAGAUAUUUUGUUAGUAAUGAAAAAUAAUACCGUCAAUAAUUUUGAGUUCAUAAUUCAUAUUUUAAAAACUUCUAGACACAUUUGACUCAAAGUAAACUUAGGUUACUUUAUAAUACUGUUUUGUGCAUUUUUUAAUUACGUCAACAGUAUUUCUCCUGCUGGCAUUAAUAAGAGGGUUUUUGGUGCUUAGGUGACUGAUGAUAUUGUAUUUUACGUAUCAUGUAUGAAGAGGAUAAUAAAACGAUAUGGUGCGGUAACAUAUCGGAACAAGUGACUGAGGAAAUUCUGUAUGAACUGUUUUUACAGGCAGGCCCACUUGAGAAGGUUAAAAUUGUUAAAGAUCGAGAUGGAAGACAAAGGAACUUUGCAUUUAUAACAUACAGACAUGAAGUGUCUGUACCAUAUGCACUGAAUUUAUUUAGAGGUACCGCUCUUUUUAAUAAAGCAUUAUCAAUGCAUUGUAGAGGGAGAAUGGUUCCAUUACCACCUUCUAUCCGUGCAUAUGGUGAUGAAAUACCCCUUGAAAUUCAUAACCAAAAUGUUGUCCAGCAAUUUGCUGCCAUGACAGAAAAGAUUAAGGAAGAUAGCCAAAGACCCAUGCCAUUAUUAAGAAGUGAAAUGAACCAUGAGCUUGUAAUGGCUAGCUUACAAGGAAAUUGGUUGCAUAGGCACCACCCAUAUCAAGCUAAAGAUAACAGAAAGCAUGGGCGAGAUGACUAUAAACAUAAAGAAAGUCAGAAAAAGCACUCAAGCCACUGGAAGGAUAGAAAAAGGUCAAGAAAUUAUAGAAGAGAUUAAUUAUAAUUAACACAAGAGGACUAAAAUAUUGUUUUGUUAAAAAAAUACAAUUUAGAACACAGUUCACUUACUGAGUUACCUAUUCUUGCAUAUAUUAUAUAAUUAAAAUGAUAACAUGAAUAACUUUUAUAUAUACAUGCAUUU